UUUCGGUGCAGAUUUUAAAUAAACCAAACCAACGUUAGACAGCCAGCGGGGCCGUUUAUCUUUACUAGUUAUUUUAUUUGUGAGCCACUGAGUUUUUUGGGGUUAGAAAAGUUGUCCCCACCUUUUUGUUUCGGUUUUCUGUGGCAGAGAAAUGAGAGUGAGUGAAGUCCACGCAGCGGAGUCCGUGGCCUACCUGAACAGGGCUCUGGUGAAGCUGCAGGAAAUCUGGGACGAAAUCGGGAUUCCUGAAGAGCAGCGGCUCCGCAGAACCAACGAGGCUCAUAAACAUGUAAAAGGUUUGCUGGAUCUGAUGAUUGCUGAGGAGCAGGAACUAAAGCAGCGAUUAUUAAAAAACAUUGAGUCAUGUAAGAAUGCGCUUAGUGUUUUAUACAGCGAGCUGCAGCUGCCACCCUUUGAGGAGGAGGAAGGCUGUACCAUCCUGCAGAUGGAGAAGGACUGCCGCACUCGUGUAGAAGUGUUGAAAGAACAAAAGAAACAGCGACUGGAUGAGCUUAAAGUCCUGGUUGCCAAAGACCGGGAGCUGUGUGACAUCAUGUGUACCACCCCCUUCACUAUUGACCAGAACUUGGUCCCAUCAGUGCAGCAGCUUCAGGCCUACAGUAGCUUCCUUGAUGAGCGCACCAAAGAGAAGGAGCGUCGUCACGAUGAAUUCACCAACACCAAAAAGGAGAUCGUUGCUUGCAUGAACGACCUGGAGCAGAAUCCUGAGACCAGUUUUGAGAUGGAUGUGAUGUGCGAAGAUGAGGAGGCGUUUUGUCUGUCGAAGGACAACAUCACAGCCCUGAAGCUUCUUCUCAGUCAGUUGCAAGAACGCAAGGCACAGAAGGAGCUCCUCUGUUCAGGUUUCCGCUCUAAGAUCCAGGAGUUGUGGGAAAGGCUUCAAGUUCCUCAGGAAGAACGGGAAGCUUUCUCUGAGCACAUGGUCAACUCCAAAAAGAAAAACAUGGAGGCACUCCAAGCAGAACUGGAGCGCCUGGAGCUGCUGAAAAUAAAGAGCAUGAAGAGUGUGAUCGAGGCCAUCAGGGGAGAGAUUGCUGUUUUGUGGAAGAAAUGCUUCUACAGCGACGAACAGCAGCACGCCUUCACUGCAUAUCAUGAUGAUGUUUUUACUGAGGAGCUUCUGAACGUGCAUGAGGCUGAGGUCCGGUACCUGCAGAAGUACUAUGAGGACCACAAGGAGCUCUUUAUGGGGGUUACAAAGUGGCAGGAAAACUGGGACCUGUACUUGGAACUAGAGAGAAAAACUAACGAUCCUUCAAGGUUUAAUAACAGAGGUGGAAACCUUCUAAAGGAACAAAAGCAGAGAACUCAGCUCCAGAAGAGCUUACCUAAGUUAGAGGAGAUUUUGAAAACCCAGAUCGAUGUCUGGGAGCAGGAGCACGGCAGAGACUUCCUGGUCAACGGACAGAAAUUUCUCACAUUUGUGCAGCAGCAGUGGCAGGAGCACAACGAAGAGAAAGACAGGGAGAAACUGGAAAGGCAACUGAAGAAAACUAAGCAAACCGAAGAGGAAAUGCUGUAUGGAACAAUGACGAGAACGCCAUCGAAGCGGUGGAUUGGAGGCACUCCCACACCUGGAAAGAUCAGAAAGAUCAACGGGCCCUCGACUGUCUCCACUCCAAACAGCUUUCUUAAUGCAGGCCAGACGUUUACACUGAAACCACCUCCAUCUGCCAGCAAGAGUCUUGGCCUGCGAACACCAGGACAUGGAAAGACGCCGCGUGCGCUAGAGAGGAACAAGGAAAACAUCUCCAAUAUCAGAAACACUCCAUGUGGAACACCAAGGUCUCAGGAUACACAAGAUGUCACCUUGAACUCUAUUGCCGGCUCCUAUUCGGAAUUUGCGAGGGAUCUCUCCAAAGCUGCGAAAUCGAACCUGAAGACGGGAUUUCUGAACUCCACUGUGAGCCAGCAGUGAGGGAGUCGGUCCGUCGGAUGGAGGCUGUUCGGUGUUCAGGAUGAGAGGGAACUUUUAAAAUGUUAUUUUACUCUUGUUAGGAUUUUAUUCCAGCCUUGCCACCAUGCCCCCCCCUCUGUAUAUGUUUCUGUGGCUGUUUAUUUAAAGCUCCGUCCUUUUUUACAUUAAAUGUUUCUUUUUUUUAAAUCAAUAUGCAAAUAAAAAAAAAAAUCA